AAUUGCCAAAAAGUAAGUGCCUUACCUGCUUCUACGUUCUCUGACACGGGCUUAUGAAUUGUUGUUCUAAUAAUUUUCUUGAAUAAUAAUUAAUUUACUAACAUCAUCUACAGAUAACAUGGUCAUCCAAGCUAACAUUAACAAGAAGAAACACUUUGUUCACCAAGGUCUCUUGUACGCUGAAUUGAACGAAUUCUUGAAGAGAGAAUUGGCCGAAGAUGGUUACUCUGGUGUUGAAGUCAGAGCUACUGUUGCCAGAACUGAAAUCAUCAUCCGUGCUACUCGUCCACAAACUGUCGUUGGUGAUAACGGAAGAAGAAUGAAGGAAUUGACUUCAGUCAUCCAAAAGAGAUUCGGUUUCGAAGAAGGUAAGAUCGAAUUGUACGCUGAAAACGUCAAGAAUAAGGGUUUGUCUGCCAUUGCUCAAGCUGAAUCCCUCAAGCAAAAGUUGAUGGAAGGUGUUGCUGUUAGAAAGGCUUGUUAUGGUGUCUUGAGAUUCGUUAUGGAUUCUGGUGCUAAGGGUGGUGCUGUUAUUGUCUCUGGUAAGCUCAGAGCUCAAAGAGCUAAGUCCAUGAAGUUCGCUGAAGGAUACAUGAUUAGAACUGGUCAACCAGUCAAGGAUUACGUUGAUAUUGCUGUUCGUCACGUAUACAUGAAGCAAGGUGUUUUGGGUAUCAAGGUUAAGGUUAUGCUUCCAUGGGUUGUCGGUACUCAAGCCGGUUCCAACCAAAAGCCACAACCAGACGUUGUCUCUGUCCACGAACCAAAGGAAGAUCUCUCCGUCCCAACUGUUGCCCAUGAUUAAAUUUUCUCUCAUAAAAAUAUAAAAAAAAUAAUUAUUC